AUGGAUACAUUUGAAGCAAUAAAAGAAUUGUACGAAGAAGAAUUGUAUGAAGAUGUGCUGUACUAUGCUCAAGUCAGACUGCAAAUGAACAAUAUUGACAGCGUGUUGGAUCCAAUCAACUUGGUCAUGUUGUUCAAAUAUUUGGGAGACUCCAAUUUUCAUCUGGAUCAGUUUGCACCAUCUUUGAAGGUAAGAGAAUAUAAUUUUUUCGUAUCUUCAUUUUCAGUUCUACGACAACGCCUUGCUCUUCGUCCAGCCUGGCCUGAAGCUGCCGAAGGUAGGAAAGUUUUUCUUUGUAUGAUUCUCUUUUUAGGCAUUUACUUCGAUUGAAAUCAAGUACAUGAAAUAUCGAGCGCUCUGUCGAUUAAAAAGAUUUGACACUGCGUUUGAUAUGCUCUCAGCUAUUCCAAAGACCGAGCAUGUCCCUAAAACACGGCUAGCGAUGGCUAAGCUUCACAGCACUCGUCUUUCUUACAGCCGGAACGGCCUGAGUCCGAGACCGUGUAAGGAUAUGACAGAAAUGGUCAAUUUCUACGAUGGAGUUGUGGCUCAAUGUCCGAAUGCUUAUCACUGUGUCAAUAAGCUCUACUUUUUUGGUACAGGUCCAAGUAUGGACUUGACCUAUGAUAAUGAUGACACGGCACAAUUGUUAUUCAAAGCUAAAGAGUUGAGGUCAUUAUUACUACCAGUUGAAGCGAUUGAAGUGCUCAAAAAAGCCGACCAGCGUAAUGUCCAGUAAGUUUGUUUCUUUUUAUUUGUAUCUUUUAGUUUUAGGUGGAUAUAUUGAAUUUAUCGUUUACACUUUCUUCAGAGUUGUCCUUGAGAUGGCUGAAUUGUACAAUAUCGUGGGGAACUAUCCUAAAGCAAAGUACGAACUGGAAAGGUUGUUGACGUUGAAUCCUCACGGAGUACUUGGACUUGAUUUUCUUGCCAGGAUAUAUAACAAGUUGGAAAAGGUAAUAAAAUUUUACUUUUAUUUAUAUACUUUAACAUGAUAAAUUUUUUGUUUGUUUUCCAGGUCUUACAUUUAGUAUUUUCUAGGACAAAGAGAAAGAACGGCUGGAGAAACUUUUACACCAUUGCCUCAACUGUGAUGAACGCGCUCCGGAGACGUAUGUUAUCCUAGGUUUUAUGGCUCGCGGUCGACGAGAUGAUACUGCUCAGACGUUUGUCUCCAAGGCGCUGAGCACAUACAUGUGUGGACCAGACCGAGUCAAUGCCUUGAUCUUGAAAGCUAACCUGCAUUUGGACAGUCAACGGAAAAAUUGGGCUGAUGAAUGCCUCCGACAUGUCUUAACAUACGAUCAUCGAAAUGUGGACGCCAUGGAAAUGCUGGUUAAACUGGUCGUGCUGAGGGUAUGGGAUGUUUGAUCAAUGUCAGAACGAUUAUCAGUUCCUUUUUAUCCAGUUAAUAUAAACUUUUUUCAGAAAACGGCAACCGAAGUCCGUUUGAUCGCCGAAACUGUGAAGAAGAAUUUAGGCACAUCUAAUCCCCGAGCUCAAUAUAUAUAUGCCCAUACUUUCACUCAUUUUAAGCCCACCAAGCCAGAAUAUGAAAAUAUGUUGGAUGAGAUUGUUAACAAAGCGCCUUACAUGUUUACAGCUGUGAUGGAUUAUGCCAAUCUCCUGGAGGAGCGGGGGGAUAUCAAGAAAGCCAUAAAUAUCUUGAGACGAGGAUGCGAGGUAAGAAUUUAAAGUGCCCUUAUUUAUAGUGCCCAAAUUUAUAUAAUUUGAGCAAACAAAUGAUAAUAUAUGUUCGAAACUACUCGUUGGAUGUAAAGAAACAUAGUUUUAGGCCUGUCCAACCCUUGAGCUAAAGGAGACCCUAUCAAUUUUGGAGGAGAAAAUUGCAAAUGACUCCCAAGUAAUAACUGAAUUCAAGUUGUUGAGUCCGAAGAAUGAGCCGUUUGAUGAACCGACUUCCUCCAGCAAUAUUCUCAAUCCUUCGAGGAAUCCCAACGCUACAGAACGAAAUACAACUCCAGUCUCAACGCAGGCUCCAUCCGCUCAAAGAACUCGACCGCCAGCUGCGCCGAGACGACAAAGACAAGCCAAUUUCCGAUCAGUGGCUUUGGAGUUUAUCCAAGAACCAUUGGAAUUUCAGGACGAGCCCGAGGCAAUGCCGAAUGUAGGAGAAUUAAUCUAUGCAGACGAUGUGGAGGAAGAGCCCAUGGACGAGGCAGAACUUGAUGCCAUAAUGGAUGACGACAAUGGAGAUCCGGGGGAACCCAUUAUGGAAGAUGUGGGCGAUAGUCACAGUGAGCACUCACUUUCCGAUAAUUAG